AUGAAUGCUAUGGAUAUCAGCAACCGCAACUGCAGCCAGUGGUAUACGGUUCAAGAAGGCGAUGACUGUGCCAAAGUCUCUCUCGCCCAGUCUAUUUCCCUUACAGAUUUAUAUUUCCUUAAUCCGGAGAUCGAUGCGAACUGUACCAAUCUCCAGCUUGACGAGGCAUACUGUGUUAAGGCCGUUGGCUCAAUCACCAGCUACCUAAAUUACACCGUGACUGGGGUCCUGCCAAUUACUAUCACUCCCGUAAACUUCACUUACGUGAAUACCGCCAUCCCUACCGCCACGAGUGAUCCUGGCUAUGAGUAUACUGGAACGCCGCUCUUGCCCACUGCUUCAGGCACCAUCUCAGGUUGUUAUGACUACGAGAAUCCCUCCAACUAUACCUCUCAGUGUGUGGACAUGGCGGCAGGAUACGGCAUCUCAAUGAAACAAUUGGUCGCAUGGAACCCAAGUCUUGAAAACAACGCGAGCACUUGCAAUCUCAAUAUGGCGAACAGCUACUGUAUUCUGCGGUAUGAGAAUAGCACUGCCUCAACCGAGGAUACUGACAUUACCUACUGGCCUAUAACGGCGACGGAAACUGGCACGGCAUCAAAUUGCAAUUGCUUCACUUCAAUUGACAUGUCUGACUCUCCCGACUACACUUGCGACGAUCUCGUCUACGACUACAGCCUCACUCUGGCCGAGCUUGUGUCCUGGAACAGCUGGCUGGCGGGAGACUGUGAUGCUGCCCUCUAUGCCAAUCUGAAGGUCACGGAUGAGCGCGCCGUUUGUAUUGGCGUCGGGUCCGCAAGUACCAGCAAGACCAUGCCUGCAACAGGAACCACAACGACCAGUACUAGGACUGCCACUCAAACCACAUCUACCAUGGGCCCUAUUCCAACAGAUACCGUGUCUAGAUGUCAGCAGUUCUACACGGUUACCGACAGCGAUAGUUGCGCCACAGUUUUGACUAAGUCCGACAUCACUCUUGAGCAAUUCUACCGGUGGAACCCCAGUGUUGGCUCUACCUGUACCCAUUUAUGGAUAGGAGAAGCAUACUGUGUGAAGGGGCCGGCCUCAGCCGAUACGACCAGUGCGACCACAAUGGCACCCACCCAAACAGGGAUCGCGUCCAACUGCAAUAAGUAUUACACCGUGGUGGCCAAGGAUUCAUGCGCCAAUAUCGAGACCACCUAUAAUAUCACAUUUGCAGAACUAUACUAG